AUGAGGGCGCCGGCGCUGCUGCCGCCCGCGCUGCUGACCUGCUGGCUGCUGGCCCCCGUGGACAGUAUUCACCCAGAAUGCCGAUUUCAUCUGGAAAUACAGGAGGAAGAAACAAAAUGUGCAGAGCUUCUGCGGACGCAAACGGAGCCACACAAAGGCUGCAGCGGGGUCUGGGACAACAUCACGUGCUGGCGCCCUGCGGACGUGGGAGAGACGGUCACUGUGCCCUGCCCGAAGGUGUUCAGCAACUUUUACAGCAGACCAGGAAACUUAAGCAAAAACUGUACGAGUGACGGAUGGUCAGAGAUGUUUCCAGACUUCAUAGACGCGUGUGGCUACAGUGACCCCGAGGACGACAGCAAGAUCACAUUUUAUGUUCUGGUGAAGGCCAUUUACACCCUGGGCUACAGCGUCUCUCUGAUGUCCCUUGCAACCGGAAGCAUAAUUCUUUGCCUCUUCAGGAAGCUGCACUGCACCAGGAACCACAUCCACCUGAACCUCUUCCUCUCCUUCAUCCUGAGGGCCAUCUCAGUGCUGGUCAAAGACGACGUCCUCUACUCCAGCUCGGGCACGCUGCACUGCCCCGACCAGCCAUCCUCAUGGGUCGGCUGCAAGCUGAGCCUGGUCUUCUUCCAAUACUGCAUCAUGGCGAACUUCUACUGGCUGCUGGUGGAGGGACUCUACCUCCACACCCUGCUGGUGGCCAUAUUCUCCCCCAACAGAUGCUUCCUGGCCUACCUACUGAUUGGAUGGGGCAUUCCCACCCUCUGCACAGCAGCAUGGACUGCGGCCAGGUUCUAUCUAGAAGACACAGGCUGCUGGGAUACAAACGACCACAGUGUUCCCUGGUGGGUUAUACGAAUACCGAUUUUAAUCUCUAUUAUAGUCAAUUUUAUCCUUUUUGUUAGUAUUAUACGAAUCUUACUGCAGAAGUUGACAUCCCCAGACGUUGGCGGCAAUGACCAGUCACAGUACAAGCGGCUCGCCAAGUCCACCCUGCUGCUCAUCCCGCUGUUCGGGGUCCACUACAUGGUGUUUGCCGUGUUUCCCAUCGGCAUCUCCUCCAAGUACCAGAUCCUGUUUGAGCUGUGCGUCGGGUCAUUUCAGGGCCUGGUGGUGGCCGUUCUCUACUGUUUCCUCAACAGCGAAGUGCAGAGCGAGCUGAAAAGAAAAUGGCGAAGCCUGUGCCCAACCCAGUCCCAUAGCCGGGACCACAGGCUCCACAGCUUGUCCAUCUCCAGGAACGGCUCAGAGAGUGCCCUGCAGUUCCCCCGGGGCUCCCGCGCCCAGUCCUUCCUGCAGACGGAGACCUCGGUCAUCUAG